AUGCCAGGUUCUCCUUAUAAGAAACGGAACGAUAACCUGGGCCUUUAUGUUAUUCAGGAUAUUCUUGAAUAUACCUUUCUCGACAAGGCGUUUACUAAAUAUAAAAAGUCUUUAAGCGCUUCAGCUAGAUCCAAAACGAAAGGAACCCUAUAUAAAUAUCGGAAAGAGGCUACUAUAAAUUUAAGGCAUCUAGACGAAUAUUCAAGGAACGCUAUUAUAGGCUAUACACGGAGCAGUAUAUUUGCCUACUACGUCUCUAUUAGAGAUAAUACUUAA